AUGAAACCUUACUUUGUGGAUCAAAUCGGUGACACUCUUCAAGGUGAUUUAGAUAUAAACAAUUUUAGCAUAACUAAUUUAAAGUCUUGGGAAAACGAUAAUGACGCUGUUCACAAGAAAUAUUUACGGGAUCAAAUAAAUUCAAUUGAAGUAAAUAAAAACCAUUUAGAAGAUAAAAUAAGUAAUGUGAAAAGAUUCUUCAAACGUCAACUAAAUAAUAAAAAUUUUGUUAAUGAUUCUAAACUACAACAUGAGGUAAAAAGAUUAAUAAGUUUUAUUCAAAAAGAAUUGGUCAAUGUAGCGAAUAAAACUGAGUUACAAAAUUUAAUUUCAUUAAUAUCUAAAUUAGACAUUCAACAUUUGAUAGAUAACAUUCCAGAUGAAAAUGAAGAUACGUUUCAACAGGAAUUAAAUGCUCUGGAAACUAAACUUAACAGUGAAUUACAAAAUAUUAAACAACAAAUAUAA